AUGGACUCACAAUUCCCUGAACAAGAAGAUUUGAAUAAUACCGUAGACUCUUACUCUGUUACCAUCAAUGGCUUUAUCUUUUGCACGCGUCAUGGUUUGGAGGUCUGUGAUAAAUGUCCUACAGACAAUCGUCCGGCGAAUAACAUGAUAGUUGAAGACAUGCUACAUGAAAAGAUGACUGAAGAAGAAUACACUAAUAAAUGGAAAGGUGAUGAUCGAGAGCCUCUCUCCGUGGCUCACAAGUGGACCAGGGUUGAGAAAGGUAAACCUGGCUGCAUGGAACACAAGAAGGUGGCGUGUGAGGAAUGCUUCAACUGGGGUGAAAAACUCUAUCGCAGUGUUCACGGUGGCCGUAAGCCAAGAGUGUCUCGUCUUCAACGCAAAAAUCGUGAAAACGCUGAGCGCUUGACAUAG